CCAAUAGACUUGCUAUGAGAGAGUCAAAUCAAAUCAAAGAGAAAUGAAGAUUCCGCCUCCCAAUACGAGAGCCAACGACGUGAUUGGCUCUGCUGUAAUCUCCCUUUGAUAGGAAGGUUUUCUGUGUUGCUCCCAAGAGUUGGCGCCGGUUGAAGUUGUAUAUCAUAGCCCAAUAGAUUCUACAGAAAGCAGAAUAUUUCACCGUUAUCGUUGAGUUUCCAAUAGAGAAAGUAAACUUUGGUUCUAAAAAGCAGUAACUUUUAAAAGUAGCUCUCGGAGGAGACAGCGAUUAUUAUCCAUUGCUUUGCUGUCAACUUUUAUGAAAGCUAGCCAAGUAUUAGCUUCCCAACUGUGUGAACUUUGUCAAAGUGCAAACUCCAGUAUAUAUUGUGAAGAAGAUGAUGUAUUUUGUUGUGAUCAGUGUGACGUUGAAUAUCAUACUUCCACCGCAGACAAAGAAUGUCAUCUAAGAAUUAGUUUUUUGUGUGAAAGACUGUCCGCCUUUCGAGGACCUUGCAAUCCCGCCUUGUAUCAAGUACCUACUUGUUCUAAGGAAAUGUGCCAUUUGAGGGAAGUGAUAACUCACAUGAUUGCCGAACAUUGCUCCAAGAAUAUGAAGCAUGAUGAGGCAGAUAUUCUAUCUUCAGAGAAAGUUGUCUUAGAGAGUCCUCAUAUGAAGCCAGUGUCGGGCAACAGUUCUAUCCUAGACUCUCCCACUUUUUCGUUAAGCUCAACUUUAGAUAGUUGGGUUGAUGAGGAAUAUCCAUUUUCCAGUUUUUCCUCUUCUUUGGAAGGCGACGACAUGGGCUCAUUGUUUUUUCAAGUAGCCAAUUAUGAAGACAGCGAUAAAUGUGCAAAUGUAGAUUCAUUCCUUACGAGUGAAGAUGGUACAGACAAGCAGGAUAUAGAAAGUUCUUCUAAUGUGCAAUCAAUUGUUGGUCUGGAAGAAAGUAUUUGUGCAGUAACAACAUUCCCAAAGUUGGCAAGACCAACGGAGAGUUUAUCAGACAGCUAUGAAAAAUUGAAUCGACAAAAGGCAAUGUGUCGAUUGAGAGAGAAACGUAUGCGAAUGAAGGUCAACUGCAACACAGGACGAAAGAUCCGAUAUUACUGUCGUAAACAAUUGGCAGAGCGUCGAUGUCGCUUUAAAGGUCGAUUCAUCAAAAAUACUGCUUCGUGAGAUAGUUUCAGUAUCUUGUUGAGUUUAAUAAUUUUUAAGAAUGCCUUUAUAGUCUUUUUUCAUAAAUAAAAGUGUGAGAAUGUUUAGGUAAUGACUUGCAAGUUAUUCUCCAUCGGAAUUGGACCUC